AUGCAAUUUCCUACUUCGUUCUAUAUGCAACAAAACCCAUAUCUUCAACAAAACGUUUUCAAUACUUUCACUUCCAUGCCACAAACAACCACACAACCAAUGCAAGAAACUAUUCCUGAAGCGCAAGCGGGAGACAGUCAGAAAGGUAGAGGGAAAAGGAAAAGGAAAGGGAAAGAAAUCAUGGAAACUGAAGAAGCACCUCCACUAUGGUGGACACCUGAGAAGGAGUACGUGUGUGCGGUGGCGUGGUGCGAGACUUCAAAAAAUCCAGCUGUAGGAAAUGAUAUGCGAAGAGUUGGUUUUUGGAAAGCCGUGCUCGUAAAAUUCCAUGUGAGUUUAAAGAAACAGUUAUAUCACAAUAUCUAUAUGCUUAGUAGCAAGUGGACUCCAAUCAAUCGUUGGUGCACCAAAUUUAUUGGGAUUUUCAUAAGACUUUCUUCGCAAAAGCAAAGUGGUGCGAAUGAAUUCAAUGUGUUCAAAGCCGCAAGGGAACAAUAUCAUGUCGAAAUAGGGCACGCUUUUAAGUAUAAAAAAAUAUGGGAGCUUGUUAGAAUAGAUCCAAAAUGGAUCCAAAAUUGA